AUGUGGCUGGGGCAAGGGCUGGCACGCACCACUGAGGGCGUCAACAUCGGUGGGUACCUCCACUGCACACCUUCACUCGCGCAUCACCAUAGGGUCGUUGCGGGCCAGGCCGGGGAAAGGGGGCCAGAGUGGGAAAGGAGGCCCGGACAAAUCGGAUUUUCAGGGCGUGGCGCCCACAUCGUCGCCCGAUGCCCCCACUGCGCCUGGGAGCGUCGCAAAUGUAGGCGCCGCCCUAACCCCGCCCACCACGAAGCCGGGGGAUUCUGUGGAAGCGGCGGAGCGCAACGCCGACCACCUGGCGGCACAAGACGCACAGUAGACCUGGAGUCUGUUAAGAAAAUGACGCCCGACUGGGAGUGGACAACCGCAAUCUACAGAAGGAAACAGAGGGAGUUCGUCGACCAACUCGAACCAUGCUGCAGUGACAGGGGCUGGGGUGCCCCGAUGAGUAAGUUCAAUAGCAACCUUAAACGCUACCGCUUGCCUAAGAACCACAAGUGCGAGAGAUGUGUGUUGCCAAGCGGCACGAUAGAGGAGGGGUUGCAUAUGGCAGCGCGUAUGCACCCGGGUAGGAGGGCGCGGUUAAUUCUAAGCGAGUAUAACAGACUACGGGAACUGGCCCCCAGCCUAUGCCCGCACAACCUUCGAAAACUACUCAAAGAAUCGACAGGGUGGCUAAAGUUGGGAGGGCCAUUUAUAUACAAGGAAUGGCGCCUCCUGACGUAUUGGGAGACCUUCAGCGGCUAUGUAGCGCCGGUAGACCUGAAUACGCUACGUGGGGGUGUUGACGACUGGCUUACAAUAACCAAGCAUAAUGGCGAACGUAUUGAUGAGGCGCAAUAUGUUCAAGACAUACUGGACGAGACUGUUAGAUUCAUGUCCGAGGAGUGGACGAUGCCGGACAAGUUGCCUACGGUGGAACAAUGGGUCGCCAGUGGGGUGUGGAUGAGAGGCAAGGCGGGCACGGGACGAAAACACCAUGAUCCGGAUAGAGGGAAAGGAGAAGCGUACACGGAGGUACAAGGGAGUUGA